AUGUCUGUCGUUGCUGUCGCAGGUGGAACUGGCAAGCUUGGGCGAACCAUUGUUGAAGCCAUCAUCAAGCACGGUGAGCAUAAGGUCGUGGUUCUUGCUCGUACGGCCAACGAUGAGAGGACCAAGGGACUCGGCGUUCCAGUACUUGCAAUCGAUUACAGUAACGUCGAAGCUGUUAAGAGCACACUCGAGUCUAACAACAUCGGCACGGUGAUCGCGGCACUAGACUCGGCAGCUGGUGCAGAACCAGAGCUUGCCCUCAUCAAAGCGGCCGAUGCAUCCUCUGCCACCAAGCGCUUCAUCCCCACUGGGUAUGGCAUCAAGUACACUGCAGAAAUUGCCGAGGUCUUCAGUCCCGCUCAAGCCAAGCUUACCGUUCUCGAAGCCCUAGAGUCGACGUCGCUCGAGCACACGAUUGUCAUCAAUGGGUUCUUCGCGGAUUACUUUGUCACACCCAAAGUCCCGUCUUACAUGGGGCCUCUCCCCAUCGUCAUCGACGUAGCCAACAACGCUGCUGCAAUCCCUGGAUCCGGAAAUGUCCCCGUCGCAUUCACGCACACUACCGAUGUCGCUAGCUUCACUGCCAAACUUCUCAACCUCGAGAAAUGGCCUCGCGAGUCAUAUGUUGUUGGUGAAAAGCUUACAUGGAACGAAUUUCUGUCUCUAGUAGAAAGGGUCAAGGGCGUCAAGUUUGACGUUGCGUACGACGGGAUGGAAAAACUACAGAGAUACCAGACUACGGAAUUGCCGGGACAGAAGGAACUGUACCCGUUUUUUCCCAAACCGAUGCUUCAGGGCCUGACUGCGGCCUGUGGAAUAUUGUUUGACAAGGGUUUCUUUGAUAUUAAUAGUGAGGAAAACGUGGUAGGGAUCAAGGCAAGAGGCAUUAGGGAAUUGAUCGCCGAGGCUUGGGGAAGCUCGUAG